AUGGACAUCCUGUUCAUGAACAUAUCAGAUGUGGAGAAUGUGCUUCUCUGCUUCCCAAACCAGCCUGAUUCCUGCAUCGGAACAGAGCGCUUAUUUGUACUCAAGGGGGCCAUGUAUCUCUUCAUGCUGGCUGCUAUCUUCAUGACCGUGUUUGGGAAUCUUCUGGUCAUCAUCACUAUUUCUCAUUUCAAACAGCUGCAGUCUCCAACUAACCUCAUCAUCCUCUCCCUGGCCCUGGUGGACUGUAUGCUGGGCUGUUUGGUCAUGCCCUUCAGUAUGGUGCGAUGGGUGCAAAGAUGCUGGUUCAUGGGAGAACUUUUUUGUCAAAUACAUUCUAGUUUGGAUAUGACCCUGAGUGUUGCUUCUAUACUACACCUGUGUUUGGUAUCUAUUGAUAGGUACAUGGCAAUUUGUGACCCUUUGAGUUACAGGGUAAAGGUGACUAAGAGUAGUAUAGCUGUAUAUAUUUGUAUUAUUUGGAUGUUUUCAUGUAUGUUUAGCUUUGGAAUUGUUUUUUCUAAAGUAAAUAUUAUGGGUCUUGACUCAACCAUGAUAAAUCCCUGUGCUGGAAACUGUGCUUUGAUUUUUAAUAAGGAAUGGGGUGUUAUUGCCCCACUUAUUAACUUUUAUAUUCCAGGAACUGUAAUGAGCUGUUUGUACCUGAAAAUCUUCCAUGUUGCAAGAAAGCAUGCCAGAAUAUUAUCUGAUAGAAUGGCUGUCAUCAUGUGUCGUGAGAUGAAAGGUCAAGUGUCGGAGCAGAAAGAGAGGAAGGCUGCUACCACUCUGGGCAUCGUUAUGGGGGUUUUUGUGCUGUGCUGGCUACCUUUCUUCCUCACCACGGUAAUUGAUCCAUUUCUUGGCUUCUCAACCCCUCUGGAUGUUUUUGAUGCUCUGGUCUGGUUUGGGUACUUUAAUUCUUUGUUUAAUCCACUAAUAUAUGGAUUUUUCUAUCCCCACUUCCAGAAAGCAUUUAAGAUUAUUAUUCUAAGAUAUGUUUUCCACCUGAAAAAGUCAAGCAACUUAGUGCUUCAGUGA